UAUUAUCAUGCGGUUUUUUUUAUAAAAGAAAAAUUAUAUUUUUCACUAGAGGAUAAAAAAAAAAAAGAAGAAAGAAAGUGUGAAUCAAUCUAAAAAACUCAAACUCUAUAUAUUCUACAAGUUCUAUUCGUCAACGAUUAGAAUAUUAUAUUCUAAAAAUCGGAGAAAAAACACACUAUCAGCUAAACGUAUUGAUAUUUAUUAUACUAUUUACUAAACAAAAGAAGGUACGACAUUAAUGUUUUCUUCUUGAAUAAAAAAAAAAAAAAAUUAAUAAAAAUAAAUCUAAUAGUAGUAGAAAAAUUUAUUGAUCAAUCUCGAUAUAUUAUAACGAAGUCUAUAAGAGUCGAGUGAUUCUUUUCCAUUUCAAGUAGUUUGAUAUUUUUUCACUUCAGGGUUAAAUUAACUGUUUUCUUUGUAAUUAAGAGGAAAUGAGAUCGAACUAACGAAUUUUAUUGAUAAAUUUUCGAAUUUGAAAAGUUGAAAAACACGUUCUUUUGUUUUAUUAGUAUUAUUAGAGUUGCUAAUAAUCUUAGAUCAACUUUUUUAUUUUAAUUAUAACAGAAUAAAAAAGAAGAUUUCAUUGAUUUUAAUUUCUUUUUUUUUUCAGCAGUUAUUCCAUUCCAAACAACAAUAAUGGAUGAUCGUGGUGAUCGUAGAGGUUAUCGUGAUACGGAUAGAGAUCGAGAUGAUUCUCGACGACAAGAUGAUUAUCGUCGAGAUCAAUCUGGAAUUAGUGCUUCUUCUCAACAAGUUACUAACAUUAAGGAUGAAUAUGAUUCGUCUUAUUAUCGUUCAGCAAUUGGUCCAAGAUCAUCAAGCGUGUCUGCAAAAAAAACAAUACCAGCCUCAAGUAUUGUUAUGGAACGAUUUUAUGCAUAUGGUGCAGGUGGAAUUCCUUUAAAACCUGGAUCAAAAUCAGCUGCAGUUGUUGCAAUUAAAGAAAAUCGUGAACGUGAAAAGCGUGAAUUAGGUCAAUUAAACGAUCGUUUUGCAAGUUACAUUGAACGUGUGCGCUAUUUAGAAGCACAAAAUAAAAAAUUACAAUUAGAACUUGACCAUUUACGAGGUAAAUGGGGACAACAGACAUCAAAAGUGAAGGAGAUGUACGAAGUAGAGAUUCAAGAAGCGCGUCGAAUUAUUGAUGAAACUGCAAAGGACCGUGCCACAGCUGAAUUGCGUGCCAAAAGGGCAGAAGAGGAUACAAAAAAUUAUAGAGACAAAUAUGAAACACUAUUAGCUGGUCGUGACUCCGAUCGUCAGAAAAUUGACGUAUUACAAAAACAACUGGCUGAUAAUGAAGCUGAUUUAAAUUUAUUUCGACGUCGAUUAGCCGACUUAGAAGAUGAGAGUAAACGAUAUCGUCUUGAAUCGCAAAAGCUCAUCUCAGAUAUUCAACGUAUAACACAAGAAUUAGAUCAAGAAACAAUAUCACGUGUACAGUUAGAAAAUGAAAAACAAAGUUUAGAAGAGGAAAUUAACUUUCUAAAACAAAUACAUGUUCAAGAAAUUGAAGAAUUAAAACAGAUAAAUUUAACAGGAACGGCACUUGAUCCAUCUAAUUUUUUCAAACAUGAAUUGUCGAAUGCUAUAAGAGAUAUUAGAGAAGAAUACGAACAAUUGAAUAAUCAACAACGAACAGAAUUAGAAUCAUGGUACCGAAUCAAAGUUACACAAGCGGUUCAAGAAGUUCAAGCUCGACGUGCAAUUGAAGCACCUGAAAAUAUUCGUGAACGGGAGGAAGUAAAAAAAUUACGUACGCUUGUUACUGAUUCAAGGAAAGAUAUCGGAAUAGUGAAACAAAGGAAUGCUGAACUUGAAAAUCGUAUCCAAGAAUUAGAAGAAUUAGUACAAAUUGAAAGACGAGAUGCCGUACAAACAGCAAGCGAGCGUGACAGAGAAAUUCAAGAAUUAAGAGCAAGAUUAGAGGACUUAGGAAAAGAUUAUGAUGAGCUAAUAACGACAAAAUCUUCGCUGGAUGCCGAAAUAGCCAUAUACAGAAAACUUUUAGAAGGAGAGGAAAAUAGAGAAGGACUCAAGCAAGUGGUUGAAAAUGUUGAAGAACGGGCUCGAGCCGAUUUUGCAGCAUCAGGAGGAAUUAGUGGAGGUGGUGGUGGAGGCGGGGGUGGUAGCGGUGGUGGCGGUGGUGGUAUUGGUGGAGGUAGCAGUGGCAAUAUUGGUGGCUCGUCAUAUUCCUAUUCGAGAUCAUAUCGUACAACGAGUGGUGGCCAAGCAGGUGCGUUUUAA